AUGGGGCCUAGUGGCCUCAUAAUACAGGCCAACCUGAACCACUCGGCCAGGGCACAAGACCUACUUGUGCAAUACCUGGCCGAGCGGGGUGCAGGGUUGGCCGUGGUGGCGGAGCCAUAUAGGGUCCCCGACCAUCCUCAUUGGAUGGGGGACUCAGGCGGCUCCGCCGCCAUAUACUGGGUAGGUAGGCCGGGAUCCCCGGCGUGCUCGGUCAUCGAACGCGACUGGGGAUUCCUGGCUGUUGAUUGGGGCGGCACCGCGGUUGUGGCGAUCUACGCGCCUCCUAGACGGUCCCUUGAAGAGUUCGAACAGUGCCUGGACGAGGUAGGGAGAUGCGUCUCCCGCUGCCUGUCCCGUCCGGUGCUGGUCCUGGGGGACCUCAAUGCCAAGGCUACGGCCUGGGGGUCUCCCAGGACGGACGCGAGGGGCCGGGAGGCAACAGCCCCGGCCGCGCGACAUAUUACGGGGUGGAGGGUGGCGGAGGAGGUCGAGACAUUAUCUGACCACAGAUAUAUUGUUCUCGGCCUCUCCGCUGUCGCAUCGACACCCCAACGUCGCCCCGCCAAUGAGGGUUCGCCUCAGCCGCGGUGGGCGCUGAAGCGUCUCGACCAGGACGCUCUGAUGGCGGCAGCCCACGUCGUGGCCUGGCCAGGUACACCGGCUGGGCCCGUCGACAGGAAGGCGGAAGUCGGUGUACUGGUGGUCGCGCGCCAUAGCGGAUUUACGCACUGA